AUGAAGUCAACCUUAUCCUUUGGUCUCCUCGCCACAGCGACCACAUUCGCUUUCGCCAAUGCCGACGAGUACUUCACUGGAGAUGGUACCGCCUACACGCUCGGCGACACCAGCUCCGGAAACUGCAACAUGAUGUCGGCUCUCAACUUCGCCACCACCGACUACGCCGCUUUGAACAACGAGCAGUGGAGUGGUCUACAGAACUGCGGCCGCUGCGCUGAGGUGUCGUGCGCCGACAAACGCUGCGCUGACCAGACGAAGUCUGUCGUGGUGCAGAUUCUCGACCGUUGUCCCGAAUGCAAACAUGGUGACCUCGAUCUGUCGCCGUCCGUCUUCAAGACGCUUACCGGAUCCCAUCCGUCCCGGUACACUAUCAAGUGGAAGUUCGUGGACUGUCCGGUGGCUGGUAAUGUCAACUACUGCCUCAAGGGCGGCAGCAACAACUACUGGACGGCCAUUCAGCCGACCAACUGUGCUACCGGUGUCAAGAGUCUGAAGAUCAAUGGUCAGGACACGAAGAUGCUCGAUGGUGCUUACUAUUAUCUGCUUGAUGGCGCGGGCACGUCCCAGACCGACCUGUCGAGCGUUUCGGUGUCGCUAACAGACAUCAACGGUGUGUCUAUCACGGACAAGGUGUCGUUGAGUGCAGGUUCAUGCACGAAGGGAACCCACCAGUUCCCGUCGGGUGGCAAACCGUCAAAACCUUCGACCAACACGUCGACCCCCACCACUGCACCGAAGCCUACCACGGCCACCCCGACGAUGGCCCCGACGGCGGUACCGACCAAGGCUCCAACAAAGGCCCCAACUGCCACCAAAGCACCGACGCCCACGACACCUGCCCCUGUCCCGACCACCUCGACGCCGACGACGGAUGCCCCUGCAACUACGGCUCCUACAUCUACCACGCCGUCAGGUUCAGGUGAAGAUGGCUCACAGACUCAACAGGACACUGGUUCUUCCAGUGGAAACGACGAUGUGAAGCAAUCAUCCCAGCAGGCCUCGAACUCUGGAGACGAAGAGAGCCCGGAGCAGAGUAUUGAGCAGGGCCCUAGCUCGGAGAGCAACGACGUGGAAACCCAGGCUCCGACCACAACUGAAUCGCCCGAUGUUCCUGCUACGGUCGUGCCUUCAGCGCCGUCGUCAUCGGCUUCGCAACAGUCAGGCUCCACGCCUGAAGACGACGAGAACCAGUCACCUGAGCAGCAGCAAUCGACUGCGGCAAGCGAAGACGGCAAGAUCGAAUACUCGACAUCCGAGCCAACGCUUCCCCCCGCCCCGUCGACGGACGUCCCUCAGCAAGGCGAGACGGAAACCUCUUCCUCGGCGUCUACCUACAUGGACUGCGGCAGCUCAAACCACCCCUAUGAGCAGAGUCCAAGCUCGUCCAACAACGGCAACCCGAUCCAGGAUGAUACCGACAACUCCACACCGAUUCAGCAGUCGGGUUCCACGGCCCAGAACGAUGAGUCUCAAGUUACCCAGCAGGAUCCCGACUCUGUGGAUAGCAAAGGCUCCACGGCCCAGAACGAUGAGUCUCAAGUUACACAGCAGGAUCCCGACUCUGUCGAUAGCGAAAGCUCGACUGUCGACAAUACCUCAGGCCCGGUUACCGGCGAUCUCGAUAUGGUGGACGCACAGUCCGGCCCCACUGACGAGGACCAGACUGUCCAACAAACAUCAAGCGAUGUUGGUGCGGAUGCCAACUCCGAGACCCCCGAGCAGACUAGCAAUGAGGACGGCGAGGUCGAGACCCCCGAACAGGAAUCGUCGAGCGGCAAUAUCGAGCCUACGGAUACCCCUAGCAGCACCGGAACUGCCAACUGCCCUAUGUAA